UUAUGCUUAUGCAAUUGGCUACAAACUUGUGCCGCAACUUGAGGUUGGCUGAUUAAAGAUGGCCUCUGUAUAUAAGAAAUUUGGAGUUUCCAAUAUUUUGGGGCAUGAAAAAUGUGAUAGCUACCUGCUUUUCAGUGGUGAAACCUCUCUUGGGGAUGGAUUCCGGGCUUUCUUAUAUUUUGUUGGCCUUGCUUACUGUUUCAUUGGAUUGUCGGCUAUAACAGCUUGUUUUUUCCGUUCUAUGGAGAAUAUAGUGAAACACUCGUGUAGGGUAGUAGAAAUAGAUCCUUGCACUAAUGCUGAAAUUGUUAGAUAUGAAAAGGUAUGGAAUUACGCUAUUGCAGAUAUAACCUUGUUGGCCUUUGGAACUAGCUUCCCUCAAAUAUCUUUAGCUACUAUUGAUGCAAUACGAAACCUUGGAAGCCUAUAUGCUGGAGGUUUGGGUCCUGGAACGCUUGUUGGCUCGGCUGCAUUUGACCUGUUUCCUAUCCAUGCUGUUUGUGUCGUUGUUCCAAAGGCUGGAGAAUUGAAAAAGAUAUCUGAUAUAGGAGUUUGGUUGGUAGAGCUCUUUUGGUCUUUCUGGGCUUAUGUCUGGCUGUACAUAAUUUUAGAGGUAUGGACUCCAAAUGUUGUUACAGUUUGGGAAGCCUUGUUGACGGUACUGCAAUUUGGAUUACUUCUGAUAAAUGCUUAUGCUCAAGACAAACGUUGGCCUUACUUAUCUCUUCCUCUAGCAAGAAGUGAGAGGCCAGAGGACUGGGUGCCUGAAGAGGCAGCUUCAUGUAAAGAUGAGAACAAUGUUUAUGAUGGUUGUUCUGAAACACUUGAAGUUGGUGAAGAUGGAACUGGGAACAUUGUUGAUAUUUUUUCUAUUCAUUCCAUAAAUGGGACAGGUCCAGUUUAUGAAAAAGUACCAGGAUCUGAAGAUGUUGCUGAAUCCUCCAAUGAAAUUUUCGAUAAGGAGAUAAAUUUAGACACUAUUAAUGUGGUUGCACUAUGGAAACAGCAAUUUGUGGACGCACUUAUGCUGGUAAACCAAGAAUCAAGGAAAUUGAACAAUUUGUAUCUAAGGCUAGCAAGACUAUUUUGGCAAUCUCUUCUUUUGCCAUGGAGACUUCUGUUUGCUUUUGUGCCUCCUCAUCAUAUUGCUCAUGGGUGGAUUGCCUUCAUUUGCUCCCUAAUUUUCAUCAGUGGUAUAGCUUACAUUUUAACACAACUCACUGAUCUGAUAAGCUGUGUCACAGGAAUAAAUUCUUAUGUCAUUGCAUUUACAGCAUUAGCUGCUGGAACUUCAUGGCCAGAUUUGGUGGCAAGUAAGAUUGCUGCUGAACGUCAGAUAACAGCAGACUCAGCCAUAGCAAAUAUCACUUGCAGCAAUUCUGUGAAUAUAUAUGUGGGCAUUGGCAUUCCAUGGCUGAUUGACACUGCAUACAAUUUCAUCGCAUAUAGGGAACCAUUGACGAUAAAAAAUGCUGAGGGACUCAGUUUCUCUUUGCUUGUAUUUUUUUGUACUUCUGUGGGUUGUAUUGGUGUUCUGGUGUUUAGGCGCCUAACACUGGGUGCAGAGCUUGGAGGGCCAAGGAUUUGGGCUUGGGUUACCUCUCUGUACUUCAUGUUGCUUUGGGUUAUUUUUGUUGUUCUCUCUUCACUCAAAGUUUCUGGAAUCAUAUGAGAAAAUUUGUCAACUGUAAACUUAUCCCUAUUUUUUUCCAUAUUACCAAUUGAUGAGUGUAUUUUUUGUCAAUGUAUUUCCCUUCAAUCAAAGGGUAUUUGAA